AUGCCAUCCACGAUAGGAAGCAUAGGAAGCCAGAGAAGCGGCACACCUUCACGCCCUGCACGACCUAAGUCUUUAACACCACACGAUAUCGAAACGGCCAAUUCUCUGGCAGGGGCAAGUUCACAGCCAUACGAUUAUUAUGGAUCGGAACACGAUUAUCGAGAAGAAGAACGAGAUACCUUAGGAGAGUUUCCACAAUCCAGAUAUGUCAGCAUGAGUGCUGCUUCAACUGCUGGCGGAUUUACAGCAUCGAUCAACGAAGCACUAAAUAACGCACCUGCAUAUAACAACAUUCCACUCUCGACUCGCCCGUCCUUGACCGACCCAGAUCUUCCACUACGCGAGCUGAGCCCCUCCCCCCUGAACGUCGUUAAGCGAAGCCCCUCCGAUCCCGAGCCUAAUAACGGAGAAAGUUCCAGCAAACCCCCAUCUACCCCAUAUAUCCUCGGUAUAUUUGGAGAUCCAAACACCGGAAUAAAGGAGGAGCCAGAGAGGAUGAGUGUAGAUGUUUGGCAAGAGCGCGAUAAAGCCUUCCACGCCCUAAGCGGCGAGGAAAGGCGACUCACCCGACCACCACCUACCAGACCACCUCCGGCCGCAAGAUAUACCACAGCCAGCAGUGUGUACUCUCGACUUCUUGAUGGAGUGACACCUAUGCAUCAGGUAUACAAUCCGACGCGACUGGCUACGCCGCCGAUUGAUCAGAAAGCGCGUCAGAUGCAGGAGGAUAUGGCGAGGAUGGCGGAGUUGGAGAAGAAAAGGGAUGCUCUUGGGUUUACGACUUCGGAUAUGCAUGGGGAGCCUGCUAAUCACGAGUUAGAACCGCCGCCAAAGACUUAUUUUUGA